UCUGUGUGCGUGUGCGUAAUCAAUCUGACAUGGCAGAGCUUUGAGUGCGUAACUAUAUGUGAUUUUCUUUGUUUAUUUUAUUAUCUUUUCUUGUUUAUCUUCUUUUGAGUUACUUUUAUUCAUGAUUUUUGAAUUUUGAAAUAGUUGUGAAUAUGGGUACAAGCACAAUGGGCAGUGAUUUGCAUUCAGAUAAGCAGGACAAGCUUUUAAAGUUGCAAGCUCGGAAGAAAGAAUUGGAGCAAAUGCUUGCGGCUAAAAAUGAGGAACUUUACAAAUUGUGUGUGCAAGAAGUUCAACUGACUGGUGUAAUGCCUCCUGAGGCGCCAUUGAGUCCCGAUGUGCCCCAACGAGAGAGACUGGGAAGUGUUAAGAGCACGGAACGUUCUACAGACGGCACAGACGUUCAUGAUGGCUCGGACAAUUCCUCUAGACGCAUGAGAGUCGCUGCUCCCGACCGGUUGCACGAGGGUGACCAACAUUUCCGCAAAAAUAUUUCACACAGGCUCUCUACGCCAUCCAUAUCAGGUAUGUCCACAAAGAGUGCUCACCCAAGACAUAUACGUCGCCCCGAGACCAGUUGUUCUAAUUUCUUCCCAUCCCCACCUCAGGAUCGAAAUCAAGACACGUUUUCUAUACACACUUCACAUACAUAUCCUGCUUUGGCUGGCCAUCAGGAUGUAGUGUCUGAAAAUAUGCACCAUGAUUCUCAGAAAAGUCCAGUGUACAGACACCACACAAUGACAUCGGAGUAUGUUAACAAGAUCUAUUACAACAAUGUACCAGAAGCUCACAAUGUGUCACGGCUACGGGAAACACAUUUCAGCUCCAGCCACCCUGAUAUUACUACUCAUUAUAAUCAAGGAACGAUUCCAACACAUCCAGUUCAAAACGUAAUGCGUAAUACACCACUGUUGUAUCAAUAUGCUUCACAUUUGAAAGCUCAGAACCAGCAUCUUGGUGCUUUGCACCAUCAUCAGAUGCCAGGCCAGUCAAAGCGAAGACCUGAGAAUGUACGUCGUAAUACGUUACAAAGAACCCAGACGUAUCAUCUCACUUCUCAUAGUGAUUACAGUCAGCAUUUAGAGAAUAUGUCUGAAAAUUAUCGUCAUAGAUCUCAGCCUGAUAUUCAGGAGCACUCAGAAAGAAUACAACCACCAGUUGAGAGAGUAGCUGUUGUUCCAAAUUCACUGCCUUUGCGUGAACGUAACAUGAGACAUCCAAUGCACAUGCAACUACAAGUAUCAACUGAUGAUCACAACCGAGACGAACGACGGGCAUACCCCGAUGCUUUGAGUCCUGUUAGCCAGAUUUCCGGUUACUCAAUACCAAAUUUUGGUUCAGGGAGUGUGAACAAAUUUUCACCACUCUCCCAAUCAGAUAUGAAAUUAAAGGAGAAACAGUGGUAUGAGACAUCUCUCGAUUCACCAACGAAGGCUGAAGCUCCUCUUUUGAAGAAGAGCAACAGUUUAAAACGAACUUCCAGUAUAGGUAACUCGCAAGCUUAUGAAAUAAUGAUAUCGUCAGGGCGUCAUUCUGCGAUGCAGAGUCCUAACCAAGUGCCAAAUAGUCCACCAGUUUUAUCACCAAGCGCUGUGUCUCUGGAGUCACCUAAAAAUUUAACAGUUAUUGAACAGGGUAAAUGUAUACCUUACAGAGAGGAAACAAAGCCCUUUGAAAUGUCUGAUUUUUAUAAAUAUUCAACAAAGUUUAGACAAGCAAAUAGCCAGAAGCCUCAACCAAACCCCGUGCCAAGCAUAGCCACUGUAAGUAAUAUGUAUAAUAAACUGCCCAUGGAAUUGCCACAAUAUUCACAGGAACAUUGGCAUGGACAAGGUAACUAAAACUAAAUGAUAUUAUAGUUUGCAUUAGGCAUUUUAAUUGUUAUAUGUGGAUUUAAUUAAUUAAUUUUGUUAUCAUAUUAAUUUUAAUAUAUUAAUGGACUUUAUCAAUAGUACUUACAAACUUGCUUUUAUUCUGAUCUCUUCAAUUAUGCCACUGAAAAUAGAUUUAACAGCUAAAUAAUGAAAUGUCAGUGUUUGAGGUAUAUUGCAGUGUCAAAUAUAUAGGAUCAUUGCUUAUUUAUAGCAUAAUGUAUCAAUUUUAAAUGUUAUUAAUGCAUAAACUGUAACACUUAUACAAAAUAAGGAAUGUGCAUGUGUAAUACUGAAUUUUUAUCAAUAUUUGAUAUCUAUUCUUCUUGUUUGAUGAACAAAAACAUUGUACGAAAUCUUUUUUCCAUUCAUUGCCUAUAAAAAUGUCAAAAUAAUACAUUUAAUAAUAAAAAUUGUCUAUUUUAAAAAUACAUAUCUACUAUUAUUUGUAUUGGGCAGCCAUAUUGCCUAUCAAUAUGUUUUAUCAGGUCUUGAAACAAUAUUUUUACCUAUUUAUCAGUUCUGACAAAUAUAAUGAUUAAUGAUAUGCAUAUUUCCUAAUACCCUAUGAAUUGAUAUUGUAUGUAUGAAGUAUAUUAAUUAAAGGAGAGUCAGAUAUAUAAAAUGAAAUAUAUAUUUGCAAGGUUACAAUAUUUUGGUAAAAUAGUGUUUUAUACCUAGUUGUAAUUUGUUUUUAAAUAUUUAUAAGAUCUUCACUCCAGAUGCCUUACAGGGUAGACAGAGUUAUGUAUAUAGAAUAGAAUAGAAUAGAAAUUAUUUAUUCAAAUAAACUUACAUUGAAGCACUUUUGAAUAGUCAUUACAUUUUUUUUAAUCUACCGCUCGUUCGGAAAGCUGUCUCAUCACAAGAAGAACGAGCAAGAAACUUGCGUGUUGCUCUUUUAAAUAAUUUUAUUAUUACUUUGUAGUGAGUAUGAGUAUACUAUCUUUGUCUAGUUGCUAAAACAUACAUUGCAUAUGAAUUGUCUUUAGACAAUUCUCUCGGUAUUUUGAUAAUUAGAAAGGGGUAAUAUCUGAUAUCUAUAUAUUGAGUUUUUUUGGACAUUGAUGACCACUCACUGUGAUAUCACCUAUACCAGUGGAUAUUUAUAUUCAUUAUGAAAGGGUUCUUUGUUCGAUAUUAUAUUAUGGAUAACCAAUAUCUAAUAUUUGGUCAAUAUAUGUAUAGAUUCAAGUACAAUAUAUAGAUAUUGCUAGAUAUUACUCACUGCUAUUGAUAAUUAAUUAUACAACUAAAGCCUAUUUCAGAGGUAACUGAGUUUUUUUAAAUUAUUACAGAAACAUUAUUAAAAUAAAAUUAUAAAUAUUUUUGAUUUGUAUUACUGUUGGACAGUAGCAGACUGUAUAUAUUUGGGUCAUAUUUGGGUCAAUUAGUUGUAAAAUUUACAUUUUCAUUGAUUUCUAUUGAAAGUGACUAUAGAUAAAUAUUAAAAGUCAAAACGUAUGUAACAUUUUGUUUUUCAUAAUACAAAUUUGAAAUAGAGGAUUUGUCUCAUAAUGUACUUGUUCUGUUGGUUUGUUUGGUGUCUAACAUAUUAAACAUCUAUUAUAUUUAAACACUAUGCAGUGAUAUAAGGAUGAAAUGAAAUGGAAAAUGAUUGUACUGUUAUUAAUUUUGUACCUUAUAACGGUAUGUGUAUAAGGUUGUUUUUUAAUUCAUUUAGUUACAACAUGUACUGACAUUUUUUUAUACUGUGUAAAAUAGGUAUUGUAUUCAUAGAACUUUUAUUUAAUCUGUGGUUGUAAAUUAAGUUUAUGACAUAUUUUGCUUUAUUCUUCUACUUAAUCGACCAAUAAGUUAACGCUAAACUCUAUAGAUAGAUGGUAUCUUAUUUAGAAUCUAUUUGAAAGAAGAUCGUUUAUUCCUGGAUUACAGGAAUUCUUAUUGUCUCCAUCUGACAUGUACUCCAGACUCAUGUGUGUAAUACAGUUUAGUGUUCUGAGAGACAAAAAAUACGCCAAGGAUUGCCCCUCGUGUGUAGGCACCUAUAAUUAAGCAAUUAAUCUAAUCCUAUACAUGCAAUACUAUUCCCUUUGUUUAUGUAAAUUAGAUUCAGAUCAGGUUUUCUCAAAGUAUGUGAAAAAUAUCUAUAUAAUUUUACCGCGUCCCAAUGAACCGGUUUAAUAAUAGUAUAUUAUUUGUGCUUGUAUUUGGGGGUUCGUGCCCCUCAAGUUACGUACGUUGCAGUGUCGUUCACCUGGAAAACUACUGAUCUAGAUAUAUCCUGUGAUAGAUUUACAUGCCUUUGUAUUGAUAUGACAAUAAUGAAAAAAUAAUUAGAUAUAAGUAAUUUAUUGUACUGUAUUUUUGUUUGUCACAAUCCUAACGUAAUACGUGCUUUACCCACCGCUUGUUUAUAUAAUACGAUUUGUAAAAAAAAUGUAUUAUUGCCUUUUAGCUUUACAAACAUUGAUAUAUAAAAGAAAGAUAUACUGCCGCACUCAGAAGUUAAUUAAAUUAACACUAAUAAGAUAUUUGUUAAUAAUAAUUAAAAUUAUGCAAAUUGGACUUUAUUUACCGCGCUAAGCCUCUCAUUUGGCCCAUUGUGCGUACAAAUCGUGGCUAGUGCAGCCAGCCCAGUUGCGCCUAGAAGCACACAAGCUUACUGGGAUGUUCACAGGUCUCACGGAACGACCUCAGUGUUCCGAGGAUUUCCAAACGUUGAGGGGUCACAGCUUUACAUUUCAGGAUUACGUGAACAGCCGUUUCUUUGGCGUCAAACAGCCGCAAUAUAGAAGGCUGUCUGUAGCUCCUAUUGUGUAUAAUUGGAAUUAUUAAUGUUUUAAUGAAAUUAAUAAUUGUCAUUAACAGUCCUUAAUUAAUUAAUUAAUCGAUUCUGAGAGGUAUUUUUUAUAUACUAAGGUUUUACUUAAGCCAUCAUUAAAUGAUUCUGAGUGCGGCAGUAAAUAUUUUACCCUACUAGAAGUAAUGUUUGUACAUCUGUAUUUUUCAUGACUGAAAUAAUCAUUGAUGAGCCGCUUUACUCAUCACUUGACUGUGACUUAACAAUUAAGUGACUUAGGUUUAACUUAAGUGAUACUUAUUUAGCUACUUUAAUUCAGAAACAGACUCAAAAUCUUCGUUUGUAAGUGAGCUUGAUUUGAUUUGUUUUGUUUUUAUUGUCAAGCGCGCACGAAGUCCAUACAAUAAUUUUCAAAUUAGAAAAAAAGUGUAUGGGCAUCUAUAAUCUCUUAAAUAUUUUAGACAUUGCCAGUAUAUUUUUUUACUCUUGCUGAAAUCAUUGCGUAUGGAAGCAUAACACCUAAGUUCUCACAAUUUUCAGAAAUGCCACAAGUUUCAUGGGGGAUCUGCAGUGAUAUUUGCUUUGUGUUGUUCAUAUCUAUAUGCGAUGUUUUUUUUUAAUGGGGAAAAUGGAAUAGAAACCCUGUUUGCGCUAUCGAUGAUGCUGAAAGCAGGUCAGUUGGGCCGUCGUGACGAAUUCAACAAUUACCAACCACGAUGGUUUCCAGGAGAAUCGGAUUUCGACCUUAUAGGGCAUUUAGUAAUGGAGUCGCUAGUUCUCAAUACUAACAAUCCCUUCUUCACUUCCAUACGCUACGGUCAGAAGGACCGUCAGACCGUUUGUCCAUGUGUUAUGUAUAGAAAUUUCAUAAUUGCUUACAUUGGCUCUGAGUCUGUUCUGAAUAAAUACCUAUAUACAUAUUGGCACCAUUUACAUAUACACAUAUGUAUACAUAUAUCAAUCCCCUUAUUAUAUAUAUAUCUUUCUAUAUUAACCAUAAUGUAUAUGUAUAUCUAAUGUGACUGUAAGUCAAAAUGAAAAGUCUUUUGUAAUUUUUUGUGUUCAUUAGCAUUUGGUUUAGGAAUACUUGCUGCCGAAUUUCGUCUAUCUUUUAAUACAUAUCAAUAUUUCGUCAUAGUCGUAGAAUACUGACGGAUCUUACAAAUAUUACAUACAGUCGCGUCGGAAACUAUUUGCGCGUUGUAAAAUGAACAAGAAAUUUUAUUUUAAUUGCAAUUAGAGAUAACUAAAAAGGAAAAUUAUGCACAGUCUCGAAGAUUCAUGUGUUUAUAAGAAAAUAGACACAUGUGGGUUAAAAAUUGUUGCUUGUAAUAAACAAAAUUAAAUAUUAAUCAUAAUUAGUUAAUUCGGAAAGUAUUUGCGCCAAAAGUUUUUCUUUAGUUUUUCGUGUUUAAAUUGUAUAUGUUACUAAAAAAUAAGUGUUUUUUGAAUGUUUAUGUUUAGAUUGACUUUACAUCUCCUAAAAUUUUAAUUAAUUAAUUAUUAUAAUAUUAAUAUUCUUAUCAGAAUGCCUAAAGAAAUAGAAUUAACGGUUCAAGAGUGUGAAAUAACAAUGAAUAUGAAAAAUAAUGGAAUAAAAAUUUCUGAGAUUGCUGAAAACAUUAAUAUUCCACUAAGAACAAUUCAAGAUACGAUUAAAAAAAAUCUGAACGAAAUUCAUCAAACUCUUUGCCUCGAAGUGGCCGUAAGCGCAAAACAGGUCCCAGAACAUACGAACGAAUCGUUUGACUAGUGAAGGAGAAUCUAAAGAUAAGAGCUACAGAAAUAAAGAAAACUUUAAAUCUCGAUCUGGUUAUAAUACAAAUUAAGUUCAGGACUUUUGAAGCUGGAUUUGCAGGCCGUAUUGCCACACGAAAGCUAUUUAUUAGCGAAAAAAACCGAAAGGCGAGAUACGCAAUUGCCAUCGAACACCAAGAUAAACCAUUGGACUUUUGAAAAGCGAUAGUUUGAUCUGAUAAGUUGAAAUUUGAUUGUAUUUGAUUAAAACGACGACAAUAUCUGUGGCGAAAACCAAAUUCAGUGCUAGAAUCGAAAAAUAUUGUGGGCACCGUUAAGCACGGCGGUGGAUCAGUACUUGUAUGGGGAUGUUUUUCAUAUAACGGUGUUGGAAAUCUUCAGAUUAUUAAGGGCAGAAUGACCGCAGACGCUUAUAUUAAUAUAUUUGAAGAUAAUUUGAAUUCAUGAUAAAAUGAAUGUUGAUAAAAUGAAUUUAAAUAAUGACUGGAUUUUUCAACAAGACAACGAUCCUAAGCAUAAGGCUAAAAAAACUAUGUUUUGGUUCGAACCAAAAUAAUUUAAACUACUGACUUGGCCUGCUUAAAGCCCUCAUUUGAAUCCCAUAGAGCAUCUAUGGGAUCAUUUGCAUGAAAAUGUAAAGAAAUCGGACCGACAAACAAUUAAAAAUUUUAUAAAUCGCCUUGAACAAGAGUGGCAUAAUUUACCAUUACAAGAACUACAACAUCUUGUCGAGAGUAUCCCAAGGUACUUACGAGCAGUCAUCGCAACUAAACACGGCCCUACGAAAUACUAGAAAUAAUUUAUUAUUAAUUAAAAACAAUUUAAAAUUAAAUAUUAAGUGUGCGCAAAUAAUUUCCGACUGCAUGGAUUUGAGAAUAUUUUGAAUAUUUUUUAAUUUAUAAAUAAUUUUGAUUUGCAUUGCAUUGCAUCUGAAUGAUAAACAAUAUAUUUCACUGUUUUCUUAAAUAUCUUGAAUAAUUUGAAUCAUAUUUAACACACAAAUUCAUUAAAAUGUUAUAAAAUUUUGCGCGCAAAUAGUUUCCGACGCGACUGUAUAUAGAUCCAUCAGUAUUCUACGACUAUGACGAUUUGUUCCCUGUUUUAGGUAUCGGGCGUUCUUAUAAUUUAUUUUAGUCGGUACGAUAUCGUCGAUUUUACCGUCACGAUGUUAUAGGAGACCGAAAUGUAGUGCAAUUGUAAGGCACCUGUUUUUAAAUUUUCAUUCACAUCUGUGAUAUCAUUGGGGAAAAACAGAAGUGUAUCCAUACAAAUGCAUACAUUUUGUUCUUGUUAAACAAGGUUUUUAAUAUGAUUAUUUUUAACUAAUUUCCGAAUUAAUAUAAAUUUAUUAGGCUUUCAGGUACAUACUACAAAGUUAAUGAAUGAAUGAACAUUUGUUGUAUUUAAAGUUUCACCUGUAUGAAAUUCUCCUAUUGUACUGUUACGUUACAAUGGCAGUAUGUCGUAUUGUCCUACGGUAAAUUAUAGACACGUUCAUUACUUGUAAAAUAUUUUGUGUUGUCAAAUAAGGUGCCUAUUUACUUACUGUUUUAGCUAUAACUAAACUUGAAUUAUUAUUUAUAGUCUGUUAUUAUAGAAUUUAACGAAAAGGUAAACGUAUUUUGUUGAAAUUAUUAGAGAAAGUUGAAAUAAUCGAUUUUUUAUUAUAGCCAACAUUAGCUGUUUUAUGUUUGGGUCUUGUAAUACGUAUUCAUCAUCAUCCCAGCCAUUAUCUGUCCACUGCUGAACAUAGACUCUCUUUCCAUAACAUAGAGCGUAUAUACCCCUAUAGAUUGCCAUAAAGAACGGUCUUGAGCCACCUGUAUCUACUGACUCCCUGCAAUACAUUUUGGACUCCAUGUAGUGGGGGAUCGUUACAUUGUGUUUGCUCAUACGGGGUCACAACUCAAGAACCUUUCUUCCUCAUCGGUUGUGGAUUUUUUGAGCUAUGUGACCAGCCCAUUGCCACUUCAGCUUGCUUAUCCUUCGGGCUAUAUCGUUGAGUUCGUUUUUUUUUUGCAGAUACCCUCAUUUCGGAUACUUUACGUACAUUUCUGUAAAUACGUAUUUAUUUGUUUAUAUUUUCAUUGAGAUCUAUUAGAACAGAUAACAUGUAUGUGGUUUAUAUUCUUGUCUGUUAAUUCAAUGUUUAAUACAAAAACACUAAUACUUGCCAAGCAUUUAAAACUUAACUUUGAUGCCUUAACAAUUUCAAUUAAUCUUUAGAUUUUUUAAGUUAAUUUAGAAUAAAUUACGCUGAAUGAAACUUUAGAUGUAUUUAAAUAUAUUUUGUAAUUAAUAAUUAUUUGGCAAUAAAAUUGCAAAUGUGUUGCAAAUGACAAAUUUAAAAAUAUUUUUAUACCUGUAUAGUUUAUAAGGUUGUAAAGUGCAUGAGGCACCAUUUAUGUAAAUGUAAUGAAGUUGUUUUUGGAUAAUAUACAUACAGUACGUCAGCGUACUGUUUCAAUAAACAUUUUAAUUCGA